AUGAGUGUGAAGGAGACUUGUUUGAUUUGCUUCGAAGACACUCCUAUUGCUCGAAUGUUUUCAAUUGGUACUUCCCAUCAGAAAUAUUGCUUGUCUUGUAUGAAACUUCAUGUGGAAGUAAAUUUGCAAAGCGGGAUCGUGGCACAAUGCCCUCAUAAGGACUGUAAAUGUGAAGUGAAUAUUAAAACCUGUAAAAAAAAUUUGUCACCUAAACUUGCCGACGUUAUGAUCAACCGAAUCAAGGAAUCUUCUAUUCCUGCUACGGAGAAAGUGUACUGUGCAUUUCUGAGGUGUUCUGCAUUGAUGUCCAAAAAGGAGGUCUUGCAACAUACGAAGAGUUCUUUUGCUAUUGUGGGAGGCAGGAAGUGCAUGAAAUGCCAUCAGUUAUUUUGUAUCAAUUGCAAGGUUCCUUGGCACUAUGAUAUGAACUGAUUACCAAAGAUCAGAAACCUAUUCCCUCGCAGAAGGGCAAUUGCUAAAGUCGCUUGCGAUGAAGAAACUAUGGCGCCAGUGUUCCAAGU